AUGGCAAGAGGAUUGAAGAAGCAUCUAAAGAGGCUCAAUGCACCCAAGCAUUGGAUGCUUGACAAACUUGGUGGCGCCUUCGCUCCCAAGCCGUCUUCUGGGCCUCACAAGUCUAGGGAGUGUCUUCCUCUUGUCCUGAUCAUCAGGAACAGGUUGAAGUAUGCUUUGACAUACCGUGAAGUCAUCUCCAUCCUUAUGCAAAGGCACAUCCAAGUCGAUGGAAAAGUCAGGACUGACAAGACCUACCCUGCUGGUUUCAUGGAUGUUGUGUCUAUCCCCAAGACCAACGAGAACUUCCGUCUUUUGUAUGACACCAAGGGACGUUUCCGUCUCCACUCCAUCAGAGAUGAGGAAGCUAAGUUCAAGCUUUGCAAGGUUAGGACUAUUCAGUUCGGACAGAAAGGUAUCCCUUACCUCAACACUUACGAUGGUCGCACAAUCCGUUACCCAGACCCACUCAUCAAACCAAACGACACCAUCAAGCUAGACCUUGAAGAGAACAAGAUUGUGGAGUUCAUCAAGUUUGAUGUUGGUAAUGUUGUGAUGGUUACUGGGGGUAGAAACAGAGGGCGUGUGGGUGUGAUUAAGAACCGUGAGAAGCAUAAGGGAAGCUUUGAGACGAUUCACAUUCAAGACUCAACGGGACAUGAGUUUGCCACUAGGUUGGGUAAUGUGUUCACGCUUGGAAAAGGAACAAAGCCAUGGGUGUCUCUUCCAAAGGGUAAAGGUAUUAAGCUUACCAUCAUUGAAGAAGCCAGGAAGAGGCUUUCUGCUCAACAAGCUGCUUAAGUUUAUUUUGUCAUUGAAGGAUGUUUCGUUUUACUCUUGUGUUAUAGACUCGCUACUUGUCUCAGUUGUGAGUUUUGUUCCUCUUUCAUGUUGCUUGCUUGCAUAACUCUAUUACAAGACAGUUUAAGACUCCAGUAGAGCGUUUUGUAUGGAAAAUUUUAGAAUUUUUACUCUUUUAAAUCUUUGACUUGAUAUUUUUCACUAACACAUGAUAUCUCUUU